GUAUCCGUUACCACUUAUGGACGAACUACGAGAUCGAGUGGCAGGCGCGGUUAUCUUCUCGAAGAUUGACCUGAAGGAAGGUUACAACCUCAUCAGGAUCAAAGACGGCGACGAGUGGAAGACAGCAUUCCGUACGCGGUACGGGCAUUUUGAGUACCUCGUCAUGCCUUUUGGGCUGGCAAAUGCGCCGGCGACCUUCCAGAAUAUGAUGAAUGAUGCGCUGAGGGAAUUCCUGGAUCAAGGUGUAGUAGUAUACCUUGAUGAUAUCCUAAUAUAUAGCAAGUCUCGAGAGGAACACAGGGAGCUGGUCGGCAAAGUACUUAGUAGGCUACAAGAAUACAACCUAGUUGCCAACCCGAAGAAAUCGUUCUUCGAGCUCACCGAAAUCGAGUUCCUCGGAUACAUCCUUGCCCCAGCAGGCGUCACCAUGGCACUGGAUAAGGUUAUGUCUGUUACGAAUUGGCAAGCCCCGCGCAGCGUUAAGGAAGUACAAAUCUUCAUGGGCUUUGCCAACUUCUACAGAAGGUUUAUCCACAAUUUCUCCGGGGUCUGUAAACCCAUUACCGAUUGUCUCAGGGGUGAUGCUAAGAACUUUGUCUGGUCUAUGACGGCCCAAGCAGCCUUCGAAAAACUCAAAACCCUGUUUACGUCUGCGCCGAUCUUGGUACACUUCUCUCCAGAUCGCCAGACUAUCGUGGAAACGGACGCAAGUGAUUUUGGUAUCGCCGCAAUUCUAUCCCAGGUUAUUGACGGAAAGACUCACCCUGUUGCCUUUUAUUCUCGAAAGCUUAACCCAGCGGAACUCAACUACGACGUCUGGGAUAAGGAGAUGCUAGGAAUUGUGUCGGCCUUCAAGCAAUGGCGUCACUACCUCGAAGGACCUAGCCGAACGGUUCUCGUCUACACAGAUCAUAAGAACUUGGAAUAUUUUUCAACAACCAAG